AAAGCGCACAAAAGCCGAUGCGUGGAAAAAGAAAACAAAAAGGUGAAUCACUAGAAACGUCAAAUGAAGAAAAUUUUGCGGCGACGUAAGUGAAAAAGUGGCAAAAUUGUGAAAUUUUCGCCGAAAAAUUGCACAAUCGCAUCGGCAAACGCGUGGAUCCAGAACGUAUCGGCCGUCGGAAUCACUGCAGGGUUCGACCCGCACCAGGAAAAAACGCUCCACUAUGCCGGAGUUUUGUGACGAUGUAAUCAAGCUGUUCCCGCUGCGAACCAUCCCGGAUGUGCUCCGGCUGUUCCGGCAACAGCUGACCAACCGGGUAGAGGAACCGGACUUGACACUGCUCUCGAUCGUGACCGGACUGAUAGAGCACUCACUGACAACGAAGGUGCUGGAAUCGUCCGGACCGGCACCGGCGCAGCACGGUGGUCCCGGAGGAGGAAAUCAGCAGCCGCACAUCGAGGUGAUCAGCAACUUCCCGGUGAUCCGGUAUGACGCGGUGGAAGGCCUGUAUAAGAAAUUUAAGAACGUACUGGCACCGAUCGAGAAAUUGUUGGUGAAGAAUACGAUGGAUUCGAAGUUUGCGAGUCGAGAGAUUAUCAAAAAGGUGUCGGACAUUAUUUGGAACUCGCUGCUGCGGAGUUCGUACAAGGAUCGGGCACACCUGCAGAGCUUGUAUAGUUAUUUGUGUGGAAGCAAGUUGGAUUGCUUUGGAGUGGCGUUUGCGGUGGUGGCCGGCUGCCAGAUGCUGGGAUAUCGGGAUGUGCAUUUGGCCAUUUCGGAGGAUCAUGUUUGGGUGGUGUUUGGCAAAACGGGGGAUGAGACAAUUGAGGUGACCUGGCAUGGAAAGGGAGCGGAGGAUAAGCGGGGUCAGUCGGUAGCGGCUGGAGUGGAAUCGCAAACAUGGUUGUAUGUGGCCGGGAAUCCGGUGGUAUGCAAUCGAUUCAUGGAGGUGGCUGCGAUAGUGUCGGCGAUUAACCCAUCGUUGACGGCAACGAGCGCUUGUCUGGAAGUGGCGGAAAUGCAGCAGCAGCUACUGUGGCAGUUGUACGAAAUGGGGCACCUGAAGAAAUAUCCGAUGGCGUUGGGGUGUUUGGGGGAACUGGAGGAGGUUUCACCGACCACGGGUAGGAAGAGCUGCGAGGAGCUGUACAAUGAUUCGGUCCGAUCGGCACAGAUUUACUACAAGAACCAUCACGUUUAUCCGUACACAUACCAGGGCGGAUUCUACUAUCGGAGGAACAAGUAUCGCGAGGCUUUUGCGUCGUGGGCCGACAGCAGCGAUGUCAUAAGAUUGUACAACUACUCUCGAGACGACGAAGAAAUCUAUAAAGAAUUUCUCGACAUUGCAAACGAGCUGAUCCCACAAGUGAUGAAGCUGGAAAGUUCGGGUCACUCAGCGCGAAGUAUCCUGCGAGAUUCGCAUUGUUUCGCCAACCUGCUCCGAUUCUAUGAUGGUAUCUGUAUGUGGGAGGAAGGUAGUUUGACACCGAUUUUGCACAUCGGAUGGGCCAAGCCACUGGUGGCAACGAUCGCCAAGUUUGACCACGAUAUCCGAUCACAGGUGAUCAUCAAGUGCAGUGACGAGUCUCCUCGCGAUUUCCACACCAACGGCAAUCAACACGAAGGCGAGGUGGACAAAACAGUGACCAAGAACGGAGGCCGGCAAGUCGUGAAUAACAACAACAAUGUCAUUAUUAAAACAGAUGUCAAUGUGGAAAACGGAAAACCGGACGAGAAGACCAGUUUGCCCAAAUCACUUGAGGCUUUAGUGGGUAAGUGCGGUGAGAAGCUUUUGAAUCCGGACUUUCUGCUUCAGGGAGGUGGCCAACCGUUCACGUCGGAGGACAGUGAGACUGCAUCGGGCGUUCAGAACAAUGGUUCCGUCAGAAAUGGUAAGAAGGAUAAAUCCUGUGAGAAGAAAGAGGCUACCGUUAAGAAGGAGGUUAAGGUAGAACCGAAAAGGGAAUCGCUCCAGCUGGUGGAUUCGGAGGACGGGGGCCCCAAAAGGCCCCUAAUAACGCUGUACAGUCAGAAAAUGAAGGGUCUCAAGGAUCUUCUACUGGCCGAAAAGCUGAACACUAAUGCUAUUUCGCUGCAGAUCACGGCUCAGAGCCAGGUGCAGGUAGGUGGUAAAAAGUCGCGCUCCCAGUCGGGAGCACAAUCGGGCGGACAGCAGGAGAACGAAACUAAUACCCGUUCUAAGCGAGCCCGGAGGGAGUAGGUGAUUCACGCAGGUCAGAAACAGGCAAAACAUUCCCCGGCGUUCUUGAUUUUAAGCUUGGUCUAUUUUGUGAUUUUUAUUUUUAUUCUCUAGUAAGUACCUACCUAUCUGGUAUUCUUCAUUUUAUACAGUUUUGAGAUGUGCCACUUCCAAAGGGGCACAUACUUAAAGUUAUUCCAUUUUAAAGUUGAGAUUGUUCACACGCUUUCUCCUUUAUCCAGGAUAUUCUAGAGCAAAGCAUUGUGAUGCCAUUUUGUUUUAGAAAAGCAAACCUAUUUAUAUUUUUAAAUCGUUAAUUUAUUCUGUUGUCUAUCGUGUAAAUCCUGUGACAUCCUAUUAGUUGCUAUUUAUUAUCGUCCGUGACUUACACGAGAUCGAAACGCUUCAUUGUUGGAGGGCGGGCAGGUUCCUUAUGAAGGCUAACUCCGCCCUCCUAUCUUUAUUAUUAUUGAGCUAUAUCAAAUUCACGUUUCGUUAUCUUGAAAUAAAAACUACAACCAUUGGCUUUCACGGAUCUAAUCUAGUCUUGAAAAA